AUGGAGGAGCCCUCGAAAAAGCGGAUCGCUUUACGUCCGUUCUCAGAGCGCCUCCGCGCAUGGCCAGACGAAGAUUGGUCAGGCAUAACGGACCCGAAAACUCGCCGAAGGUUGCAAAAUCGGUUGAAUCAAAGAGCUCGACGUUUACAGAACAAAGAACCAGCAAAGCCCUUGGACAGAAGAAAUCAACCUGAUAUCAACUAUUUGGUGGCUAACGAACACGGGCGAAAUACGCGUGGCGUUAUUACAAAGCGGAUAGAUGAACAAGCAUUAGCAGCGCAUACCGUGACAGACGUGACCUCACUCGCCCCCUUGGAAAGAAUUGAACAUGUGCAUAUCCUCCACUCCCAUUCAAUGGCGACAAAAGUCACGAUGCAACGCUUAGAGAUGACGGCACAUUAUUAUCAUUCGCUGGGAUCUCCACGCACUGAUCUUCUACUCCAUCUUAUUCAAUUUAAUUUCACCAGAGCACUUAUGGAAAACACUGCGGUCUUGGGCCUCACAUCCGACCAGCUGCAUGAUGAUGCUAUUUCACCCUUUAAUAUUGCUGGGCCAUGGCAAUAUGACUUCGAGAGUUCGCUUCCACCCAGUCUUCAGCCCACCAUGAUUCAGCGCUCUAUCCCACACCACCCGUGGUUAGAUCUACUUCCGGUUCCGCACAUGAGGGAUAAUCUGAUUCUAGCCGGAGACUUUGAGGAAGAAACACAGCUCUGCCUUGAUAUGAAGGGGAUUGGGAAUGCGUGCUCGGAGAGGACUGGGAUUAUUGUUUGGAGUGACCCUUGGGAUCCGGCGGGGUGGGAGGUUACGGAGUCUUUUGCUCGUUCUUGGGGAUGGGUUAUCAAGGACUGUCUUGACCUAGCGCAUUCUACAAAUCAGUGGCGGGCAAAAAGGAAUGAAACACCCCUCUUUUGUAUCAACGGAUUUGGUGGGUCUGCGUCUAGGUUGGAAUGA